GAGAAAAACUGCGCCGUGUGUUUUGGGUCAGUGUUUCGACAGACAUCUUGUGCGCGAUUCGGCCGCGUUUGCCGCGAUUUGCUGCGUUCGGCUGCGUCGGUCGGGCCGAUUUGUGAGUGCCGGUGGGCGGCCGAGCCGCCAAUGACUGAUUAGUGCACCGCCAGCGCCGCCAAAAUGUCGUCCAGCACGCCCAAAGUGUCGACAACAGAACGAGUCGUCAAAAGUGUUCCGUUUCCCCCGAACCACCGGCUUACAAUAGCAGAUGUCUUCGACUCGAGGACCAACAAGCCCCGGCCGGACGUGCUCAAACAGCACUUCAUUCUCGAGGGGCGGAUUGACGAGACGGCCGCGCUGCGCAUUAUCAAUGACGGCGCCACCCUCCUCCGUCAGGAGAAGACCAUGAUCGACAUUGAAGCCCCAGUCACAGUGUGCGGUGAUAUUCACGGCCAAUUUUACGACCUUAUGAAGUUAUUCGAAGUCGGAGGUCCUCCCGCCAUGACCAAGUACCUUUUCCUUGGCGACUACGUGGAUAGAGGAUACUUUAGUAUAGAGUGCGUUCUCUACUUAUGGGCACUGAAAAUAUGUUAUCCCACAACGUUGUUUUUGUUACGAGGGAAUCACGAGUGUAGGCAUCUCACAGAAUAUUUCACCUUUAAGCAAGAAUGUAAAAUCAAAUACUCUGAGCGAGUGUAUGACGCGUGUAUGGACGCUUUCGACUGCCUGCCGCUUGCGGCUCUCAUGAACCAGCAGUUCCUCUGCGUGCACGGCGGCCUCUCACCAGAGAUUCACACUUUAGAUGACGUUAGAAAGUUGGAUAGAUUCAAGGAGCCGCCUGCAUUUGGUCCCAUGUGUGAUCUUCUCUGGUCAGAUCCCCUGGAAGACUUCGGCAAUGAGAAGAAUGCAGAGCACUUCAGUCAUAACAGUGUGCGAGGGUGUUCCUACUUCUACAGUUACGCUGCUUGCUGUGAUUUCCUCCAGAACAACAGUCUCCUGUCAAUCAUCAGAGCGCACGAGGCACAAGACGCCGGGUACCGCAUGUACAGGAAGAGUCAAACAACAGGAUUCCCAUCCCUAAUCACGAUAUUCUCUGCACCCAAUUAUCUGGAUGUGUACAAUAACAAAGCUGCAGUUUUAAAGUACGAAAACAACGUGAUGAACAUCCGGCAGUUCAACUGCUCGCCGCACCCGUACUGGCUGCCCAACUUCAUGGAUGUGUUCACGUGGUCGUUGCCGUUUGUAGGCGAGAAGGUGACCGAGAUGCUGGUGAACGUGCUCAACAUCUGCUCGGACGACGAGCUCAUGUCCGACGGUGAUGACGCCCUGGAAGAAGGGAAACUUUUUGUACCUAAGACUGGUGCAGCAGCCAACUUGCGUAAGGAGGUAAUUCGCAACAAAAUACGCGCUAUCGGGAAGAUGGCCCGUGUCUUCUCUGUGCUGAGAGAGGAGAGCGAGAGUGUGCUGCAACUCAAGGGUCUUACACCGACCGGUGCUCUGCCACUGGGUGCCCUCUCGGGAGGCAAGACUUCUCUCAAGAAUGCGCUUCAAGGAUUCUCACCAAACCACAAAAUCACCUCAUUCGAAGAGGCCAAGGGCCUGGACGCCAUUAAUGAACGCAUGCCCCCUCGCAGAGACGCGCCCUCUCCUGUCACGUCCGACGACUCCAAAUCGGCGUCCGGAGGUGCCAGCAACGCCCACUCGUGAGCCAAUUAAGCGUCAUUCAAAGGGGCUCUGCAGGCAGCGCGUCCUCCUCCUUCUCUCCUUCUAAUAGCCAAAGGUCAUUGUCACGAGUUCCACCAAGAAGUCAGCUACUUUACGGAGGAUUCAGCGAGAAGCAAUGCUCUGUAACUCUCUAUCUUACCUUCUCUUACCACUCUACUAUUCACCACCAGCUCUAUCUAUGAAUCUAUCUUUCUCUCUACGCACCCCCUACGGUCGAAAGGACAGCCCUUAAAUAGUUGAGCUACUCGUUCUGUGUAUAAAAACGAGAAACAAAUAUUUCCACAUGCCUUUGUUUGCGCCUACGACUAAUUCGAAGGAAUAUUUAUUACUUAAUUAAAACUACAAAUCGUAAACGCGCGAGUAGUAGCGAAAACAGCAUGAUGACGAUGAGAAUACUACGGAUAAAUAUGAAUAAAUAAAAUAAACAAAUAUAUAUAUACUUUCUACUCUGUAUUGAGCGAGCGAGCCCGCCCGCCCGCGUCGCUCUGUAAGUAUGUACUUACUCAAAUGCGUUGUAUUGAUCUUUAAACGGAGAAUCGGACACAAAGUUGCUGUUGGAUCUGCCAGCCUUGGCCUCCCGAGACGCGCGACGCCGCCGCUGGCAGAAUUCGCCUUUUUUAAGUGUGAGUGAGCUUUAACGAGAGAGAAAAUUUACACACAAUUACUAUCGCUAUCCCUACCUAAGGUUAAGGAGGAUUGAUCACAAACACAAUCUGGUUGGUUUCGCUUCUUGUUGUUGUUAAUUACGCGCUGAAUAUUUUUUUCUCGUUUCGUUUCGUCGGUUGUUACACACAUUAUUUUCUCCUCGAAAAGAAGAAUGAUAAGUGAUUACUCCCUAAAUGUAGCCUCGAUUAUGUAAAUUAGCGCGCGUACAUAUUAUGUAUAUUGUUAGUAUUUUUCCUCUUAUAUACAUAUUAUAUAUAUUAUUGUUUUUGUUAAUUUAUUUUUACGUUUUUGUUGUUGUCUCGUAAGUGUUCAAUCCAGACACAUUGCCAUCACAUUAAUACUAGACAAGUUCAAUAAGUAAAGUAAAGAAUAAAAUAUCAUCCCUCCUUCAAGACGAGAAAAAAAGAAUCAAUAUUGAAUGUUAUAUAUCAUCUUAUAAUUAAUUAAUUAUUACUCAAAUUGCUGUGAAUGCGUACGACGAGUGUGUGUGUAUUUCACGGUUUUCAGUAUUCGGUGAGAGAGCGAGCGAGCGCGCAGUUGCGGUUUUUGUCAGUGCAAAUGCCAUCAUUUCCUACGUAUAUAAUGACAAGCAAAGUUUGUGUGUUUCAAGCAAGAAAGCAGCCAGUCAGCUUAUCGACAGACAGCCCCCCACUAUAAUAACAUUUAACUAAAACAAAACAAGAGCAAAAAAGAAAGAAAAUCUUUUCACCUUCCUCUGAAGACAAAAAUAUAUAUUAUGCAUAACCGCGAUGAAAAACAAUUCUUUUACUAGCUUGUGUAUUUACAAAUAAGCGAAAAUAUGAUGGUAAUUUUUCUAUUCAUGUAAAUGGUGUGUCCAUAAAGAGUAUAACUACGCAUAACAAAAGGAAAAAGCAAGAAAGAAAGAAUUAUUACACUAAUCGAAUGAUUUCUUCAACUGAUAUGUAUUAAAAGUAAAAAUAUAACGGAUCACAAAGCGGAAAAAUUCCAGGAAAACGGUAGUCAACCAUGGGUUAUGAAUCAAUAUUAUAAUUAAUACAAAAAAAGAAAACAAUUGUAUGUGGUAUUGAAUUAAGUGCGUGCAAAUGCGGUCGGAGGAAAAAAUAAUAUUGCUGUUCAGAAGAGUUACAAGUUUUAGCCAACUCUUGUUUCCGACGACAAAUACUCGGUAGGCUUAAAAAGUCUUUUUAAGGGGGACGAUUUUCACAAAUCAAAUUUCACUGCUCGUCUGCCCCCAGACGAGCGAACUGCUGCUUUGUUGGUGUUGACAAAAGUAAACAUAAUAAAAAGUUGAAAUCUCUGCUUGUUUUGUGCUGCUGCCUGGGGAUGUUAUUUUCUACUGAAAAAACUAUCUGAGAUAAAGUGUAAAAAUUAAUGCGAUAUAAAAAUGCAUCACUCACACCGCAGUCCCUGAGCCGCUGAAUCCGUGAUUCGCGAACACCGCUCGAACGCGAUGAUUUUGCCGAUUAGGGGCCGGUGCUGAAGGGUUAAAUGUGUGCAUGUUCUUGCCAUUCUGUCUGCAUUCUUUAACGACGAAAAGUAUCUUUCUUAAACACACUCAAAACAAAAACACACACACGCUGGUGUAUGUAUGAAGUAAAUUUAUAAUAUAAUUUUCGUUUUGUACACACACAAACACCGUCGCUCUGAUUUGUAUCUAGUUGUUAGUGAUUAAAAGACAAAACUUGUUUGAUGCCAUCUCCAAGUCUAUUUAUAAUCGUGUUCGCGCUGAUGAAAAAUAAAAGUAACAAACAUCUCUAGCCUUUAUAUCAAAAGUCAUAUAAUUAUAUUAUAAAAUAAACAUAAUGAUACGAAUGAGAAAGAAGAAGAAAAAAACACUCACUCACUCACCCACAGUUAUGAUGAAAUAAAAUUGUAAAAGCUUGAUUGAUUGAUUGUAUCUUUUUAGUGACUAAGGCGGAUUUUGUUUCUUAGUUUGUUGUUUGUUUGUUUUGUAAAUAGCGCCCCCCGAGCCCUGAAAACUCUUUUUAGACUUACGCACUUGUCAUAUAUAAUUGUUAAACACGAUGAUGAUGUAAAGAGAGAAAACUACAUGCUUAAUUACCAUUUAUUAUUAUACUUACUUAUGUAUAUUACAAACUGCAACUUAUCCAAAGAUGAAUCCGCAGCCAUCAAUCGAUUUCAGACUCUCAUCUUCUUGCAUGCGUCGAAAUACGAGAAAAGAAAACCCUUUUGGAGUGUGCAGAUGAUUUUCCACGCCACGAUAAGAUACGAUUAUUAUUAUGAAUUCGUUCUCAUUACUUAAAUUGCCAAUAAAGUCUCUUUCUGCUGCAACAAAAGCGAGUUUGAAAACACUUAAAUAAACACACGCGGUAUAGAUAACGGUCCCCUGCUCUUUGCCUCCGAGUCACAAUGCCUUAACAAUACACUUUUUAAGCUAUACAACUAUCUCUUGAUGCACCAAUCGAUCGUUUGUUUGAGUUCUUCGUUUGAAAAAGAUGAGAAAGCGUGCGGAGGCUCUGGAAACAAGCCGAAAUAUGUGUCAAACUGCUGAUUUUACAGUGCACCUACUUUUGAAACUCGAUGUUGAUGGUUUGUUUGAAGAAUAAACACGCUGUUAAAAGACAAGAAUAGUGCGCACUUGAUUUACUACUGAUCAUUUAUAGUUUAAAUAUCAUUGCAGCGGAGGAAUUAGAUUCCAGACGAGUGAGAAGGAAAAAAAGCAAACACGAGCUGACAUGAUUGAUAAAAUGUCUGUCUUUUUAUUCUCUCUCUCAUGAAUAAUUAGGGAAAGUCGCAGAGGUACACGUCUGUGUAUCAUCUCUCUGCUUUCCUUCGGCGAUUCGUUCUCAACCAAAGCAAAUUUAUAAUCUCUCUCUCUCUUGAAUAAAUAGGCAGUGGUAAAAUUGCAUUCAUAUAUUAUAUCUAACGCAACACACUCUCACACACACGCAUUAUUAUUAUUAUUAUCGAUUAAUUAUUACAUUAAGAUCCCCAUUUGUUGUGAAUGUUUCAUGCAAUUUGUUUAAAAGGAUAAGAUACAAUUCUAAAAAAUGAAUAAAAAUAUUGAUUUCCAACAA